CCCGCACCAUAUGAAAUUAACGGACAUGAUUGUUCCAGUUUUACCUCCUAUCCACGAUCGAUGUCUGGCGAAUAAUUUCUUCGAAAUUCUAUCGGUUCGCGAACCCUAGCCAGAACGGAAGAACGGGAAGGGGGGUAAAGUGUAUCGGGUCUUCCAUCGGGAUCUAUGGGGUUUUUAGUAACAACUCUAAUCUUCCUUGUCGCCGGCGUCAUCGCCGCGCUCUUCCUCAGGCUCUGCUGCAAUCAAGGCCCCUCCACCAAUCUGUUGCAUUUUACUUUGGUAAUUACGGCUACAAUUUGCUGUUGGAUGAUGUGGGCAAUUGUGUAUCUUGCACAGAUGAACCCAUUGAUUGUUCCCAUUCUCAACGGAGAGUAGUGAAAUGAUUCCAUUUCCUCAACCUCCCCAAUCCUGGUGCUCUUGCUGUCUCAUUAUCUUUUUCACCCGGAUUUAUUUGUAAUAUUGCAUAUCAAACAAAUUAAGGAAUAAAUUUGUAAUUUUUGAUUUUCCUCAGUCAUUGUAAACCUGUGGAUGUGUAUUUUUGUUAAUAUGUAAUGAUGCUAUUAUAUUUGCUUUGAACUGAAGAGCCGUUUAGCUCA